AUGAUUAGUGAAUCCGAGUGGACGACAAUCAAUACAACGAUGCCAUCGGACGUUCCCGACAGGAUAUACGACAUGAAAGUGUUGGCCGCCACUAAUGAGACACUACUUAUCGGUUGGAAACGACCGCAAGAAAACGGGGCCUAUAUUUCCGAGUAUAAGAUGGAGUUGAGAAAUGUUGAGCAAAAUUCUGUGAUCGGAGAGACAAUGCUUGUGAAGGACACACUUCAUGAGAUCAGACGGAACUAUAUGUAUAUAUUUGUCGGACUCCAACCCGCGACCAAAUACUCGUUUCAAGUGAAGGCGUGUUCGUACUUGGGUUGUGGCCAGUGGUCAGAGCAUCAAUUGCCGGCUCAGACAAGUGAUGGCAAUUCAGAGGCGCCGCUACACCUGAAGGUGUUGUGCGCUUUCGAUGGCAAGCGUUCAGCAAAUUUUGCUAACAUUUCGUGGAAUCCAAGCCUUAAUACUCGCGGAACUAUCAUUGGAUACAACGUUACUGUCAUCGGAAGCGCCAAAUACCGCAACAGUAAUGACCAGAUAGUGAACGACCACAUCGUUGAAUGGCAUCGCAUUCACAGCAAUACUACUCAUCAAAUUCAG